AUGAGCUCGAGCUUAUUUAGCCCUGGAAAUGAUGACGACACAUACCGAAACGGAUCAUGGCGAUGCGAUGAAUCGCCAUGGUAUGCACCCACUCCCGGAAAUUUCAGCCGUACCUCCUCGCCGUCAAGUCUUAGCCUUAUCAACGCCAACUCUCCGUCCCCCUUUGAGUAUCCUGCCCCUCAACCACGCGCCUCCCACACAGAUAAACUGCCGCUCCUCCAGUACGGAGACUGGGUUGAAGGGAAGACGUAUGAUGAGGACCCACCCACCUGUAUUCACUAUUGGAUUGAAUGGAAGGUCACUCUCAACACAAAGACUGUGAUCAAAGAUACGGAACAAGAUCUGGUUCUUGCCCCUGGAUUUUAUUGGAGGCUGUUCCUCCAACCAAAGUUGAGAGAGAAGCUAUGCCUGAAAUAUCCACACAAAAAGAUUGCAUUGGACGACACGUCCAUUGUGGUGACGGUUCCUCGGCGUGACAAACUUACUCGACAGUUUGAUAAAACAGAUAUUGACUGGCCUGAUAUCGAGAGACAGCUUCUUGAAUGGGGCCAUCACUUCCUUGCCGGCAAGAAAUUGAAACUCUUAAUAUCAUUCAACUAUGUAGAUGACAACCAAGACCCUACAGCCAGUCGCAGAGCGACUGACAAACGAGGUGCAUCUUCUGCCACCCAGAAUAUGCUCCAGGAUCUUGAUCGGGACGUCAACACGGAGGAGGAACUAACCGGAGAGCCUGCGGCCUGGAGGCAUGUCUACAUGGUAAUGCGCUGCCCCGGGUCGUGUGAGUUAGGGCCGCACUGUUGGCAGGAUCCAUACGGGAAGAAACAUUAUAAACUGUAUAGAGAUGAGCUUUUGAGCCUGGUCCGGUACGUGAAGAGUGGGAAGAGAUUGGAGACCCAUGAAGACGUGCCUGGCAUGAUCCGUGAGCAAAUCUAUAGGGCUGAGAGGCGGCGGCUUGAAGGGGCAAAGAGUCGUAGUCGCCUUCCAUCGGAGUCAGCCUACCCGCCGAUUACCAUCACAAAUGUGCUUCCCGCACACGCCACGCAGCCGGGUAUGUCAUCGUCGCCACCCGCCCCGGAAGACGCGUCCACCUGUUCCACCAAGGCUUCGCGGCUUAAAAUAGCAGGAUUUCGUGACGCCAACGUCCAGGCCUACUGUGACUGGCAACAGUCACAGGUUGCGAAUGAGUCAUGGAAGGAUGAAUUUCGCAAAGCAUGUGACGUGGCUCUGGGUGAUGGGUUAGACUUGGACCAAAUUGAGGAGUUAAGUGAUCCUGAAUACUUCAAAAAUCGCGGAGUAAAAUGGGGGAUUGCUCGUCGAUUUGUGAGGGAUAUUAGAUACUGGGUAGACAACUUUUAUUGUUAUGUGAAUGGUGGGGAGUCAGAUUUAUGA